CACAUUAAGCUGUCGGACCAAAACAAACCAACUUCCGGUGAAUUUAGUUACAACUGCUUUUAUCCUGGAAAUUAUUAUUAUUUUUAAACAAAUAAGCAAAUGUUUAUUAUUGUGGUUACCAUUUGUACUUUUUGUAGGUUAUCAGGUAUAAAAUGCGUUCAGAUAUGUCUACGUUUUAACAUUUACUAGCAUUUAAGCUAGCUUUGUUGAUCUAAGGCGCAUUAAGUACAUUAACACUGCCAUAAUGCAGAAAUUCUGCACGUGCAGCUGCUACUACACUGAUAACAUCUUCCUGGAGCAGUACAAGCUCCAUGUGCGCUUCCUCUCAGAGCAGCAGUUUAAAACGGACUAUCAGCACAUCCUCCGGUCUCUGGGUUGUGCCACUGACGCCCAGUACAACGCUGUUCUUGAAAAAAUCCACGCUGAAGUCGAGAGGCGCCGGAAUCUCGCGGCACAAUCAGCAGAGAGAAAAUCGAUCAUCAAGGAGACUUACAAACCCCUCCAUCAGCACGUCUACCGCUUACAGGAAUCCUUCUUCGCCCCCGAGUUUUUAGAAAUAGUGAAAUACUGUCGUGAAGACGGCGCCAGUGAAGAGGGAGUGCUGGAGCUCAUCACCGCAGAGGCUGCACCCAGGGUGUAUCGUUUCCCAGUGUUCACGCAGGAUUUCUGCAAGGAGCUGGUAGAAGAGCUGGAGCAUUUCGAGCGGUCCGAGGCGCCGAAGGGUCGACCGAACACCAUGAACAACUACGGGAUCCUCCUGAACGAGCUGGGGUUUGACGAGGGUUUGAUGGCUCCGCUCAGAGAGCUGUACCUGAAGCCCCUCAGCUCGCUGCUGUACCCGGACUGCGGAGGGAAAUGGCUGGACAGCCACAAGGCCUUCGCUGUGAAAUACACACUGAAUGAAGACCUGGACCUCAGCUACCACUACGACAACGCCGAGGUCACGCUGAACGUCUCGCUCGGGAAAGACUUCACUGACGGAAACCUGUACUUCGGGGACAUGAGACAGGUGCCCCUGAGUGAGACGGAGUGUGUGGAAGUGGAGCACCGUGUAGCCGAGGCCGUGCUCCACCGCGGCCAGCACAUGCACGGUGCUCUGCCCAUCUCGUCAGGGUGCCGCUGGAACCUGGUGCUGUGGAUGCGAGCGUCACGUCAGAGGAACCGCCUCUGCCCCAUGUGCGACCGAGCGCCACGACUACAGCCUAGUGACGGCUACGGAGACGGAUUCACAGAGGACGAUACCUUGCUGUGCGUUUUAACAUGAAGCUCUUAAUGUUUGAUCACAUUAAAGGAGCAGUUUGUCAUUUCUAGCGCCCAAGAUAAAAGCUGCAAUGAAAACGCAAGCUUUCACCUUCCCACUCAUCCGAAUCCACAGUCUGCUGAAACUAGACAUAUACAGCUCCUUACAUGUUAAGGAAACGGGUUGGAGCUUUAAGCUGGGGACGGAGAUAAUUUCAGGGCCAGAAAAAAAAUGCGUGCAUAAAGCCUGAAAUGACGCAAGUAGUGAGAUGCGCUGCAUGUUUGUCAUCCACUUGAAUGGAUCAUAUCAGAUUAUAUUUUUAAAAAAAAGGUGAAAUCUAGCACCUUUCUUUAGUUUGUCCACAAAACAAGUUAGCUCCUGAUAUCACGUGUUACAGCAGCUCUAAACAGUCAUUUUCCUCACUUAAUUACUGCUUUAACUCUUAAUCAUGCGAAUCGGUUUUAUCCAACGUAUUAUUGAAAUAAUAUGAUGAUUACAGGUCUUGAAACACUUUUUUAAAAAAAAAUACAAACUGCACCUUUAAAGCCCAGUAAGUCAAAACGUAUGAGCCUGAGCUGGAUGCCAUAACGAUUCAAUGUGCCUUUAUGUAAACUGCUUGACAUGUCACACGAUUUUAACGUGGCAGCGUGAACCCUUUGAGCAACCGAAUGACCAGACGUUCACACGUUCACAGACGAUGAUCACUGAGACGUUAAGAGACUCUCGGCUCUUAAAUAUGCGUCUUUAUACGAUCCAUAUCGAUUUUGACAUCUUAUAUGCGACCACAAUCAUAAUAUUCUGUAUGUUUUUUGAAAGAAAAAAAAAAAAAAACAUCAGACAUUUCUUUUGGUCUUCAACAUGUAUGUACCGUGAAUGUGAUCACAAGAGCUGAACUUUAUGGAAUUAAAUCCACACAGUGAAAAAACA